AUGCCUAGCCUCACGUCCACCCCAAUUCUAGAUGCCACCAACAUCGACCUUCUGCGUAAGAAGCUCGCUGAAGAUGUCCGAGUGGAGAAAUACACCCCCCUAGCCCCGCCCGAACUCGUGCAAUACGACAUCGGCCUGAGCGCGCAGUCCCUGCUGACGGUGCUGAACAGCCGCAUCGAAGCGCGCAACAUCAUCCGGCAGGAGUCCGACCGGCUGCUCGUGCUCGUGGGGCCGUGCAGCAUCCACGACCCGGAGAACGCGCUGGAGUACGCGGCGCGCCUCCGGGAGCUGGCCGCGGAGCUGCAGGAGGACCUGUGCGUGGUGAUGCGGGCGUACCUGGAGAAGCCGCGCACGACGGUGGGGUGGAAGGGGCUGAUCAACGACCCGGACGUCGACGACUCGUACAACAUCAACAAGGGGGUCAAGGUCGCGCGGAAGCUGCUGGCCGACAUCACCGACCAGGGGGUGCCCGUCGCCUGCGAGAUGCUCGACACCAUCUCCCCGCAGUACACGGCCGACCUCAUCAGUGUCGGCGCCAUCGGGGCCCGCACCACCGAGUCGCAGCUGCACCGCGAGCUGGCCUCCGGCCUGUCGUUCCCCGUCGGCUUCAAGAACGCCACCGAUGGGUCCGUCGGCACCGCGGCUGACUCGCUGAAGUCGAUGCGCGGGAAGCAUCACUUCAUGGGCACCACCAAGCAGGGCAUCAUCGCCAUCACCAGCACCAGUGGGAAUCCCGAUGGGUUUGUCAUCCUGCGUGGUGGGAGUCGCGGGACCAACUAUGAUGCCGAGAGCGUCAAGGCGACCAAGGCGAUGCUGCAGAAGAAGGGUGAGCGGGAGGUCGUCAUGGUGGAUUGUUCCCAUGGCAACUCCCAAAAAGACCACCGCAACCAGCCCAAGGUCUUGCGUACCAUAGAGGAGCAACUCCGGCAGGGCGAGCGCGGCAUCAUCGGCGUGAUGGUUGAGUCCAACAUCAAGGAGGGCAACCAGAAGCCGGCUGCGCGUCUGGAAGGUUGUGAGAAGGGUGUCAGCAUCACCGAUGCUUGCAUCGACUGGGAGACCACCGAGGCCUCACUGCGCUCGUUGGCUGAUGCUGUGCGCGAGCGUCGGGCUCGCGUGGCGGCUGGGAAGCAGUGA